GAAUGCCGGAAUUUGAAAUGGAUGAAGUAGAGAAAGAUUUAAUGCUCUUGGAACGUGUUUUUCUGAGAGUAGGAUCUGCUGAUUCAGAGGAACAGUUAGCAAAUUGUAUAUCUAAAUUUUUGGCUCCAGUUCUUCUCAAAUUGUCUACCUCGCAUGACACUGUGCGAAACAAGGUUGUUGAACUCCUCACUCACUUGAACAAAAGAUUGAAAACAUACAAAACGAUGCAGCUACCAUUACUGGAACUAUUAGAUACCUAUCGUAAUACUACUUCUUCAUUUGUUCAGAACUUCACCAUUAUUUAUAUCAAAGUAGGGUUCCCACGAAUGAGCGUCGAGGAGCAGCUGGACCUACUUCCAGCAUUAUUCAGUGCUGUAGAAGGAAAGCCGCAGAACAAUAUGGAAAGCAUUAUCAUGCUUUUCCUUGAGUCUCUUGUCAACAUAAAAGUAAGUGUUUUCAUGAAAAGGAGGAAUGACAUUUUCGAUGGAAAACCGAAACUAACAAAGGUUCUUUUAGACUACACCCUGGACAUCCUCUUACUUCCCAUUGUAAAAUAUGACUCCAUACCCCCCGGCAUGAGUGAAUACUCUCACAAUAGAGUCAUAUCCGAGUUAUCAGACCCAUCUUACAGAACAGAUAAAACUGAUUUAGAGAAGCUUAAAAUCACAAUAAUUGAGCUUUUAUCAAGUCAGAUUUUUGAGUAUGAAAAACUUUUAACUCAUGCUGUUAUUGCUUCUAAAGAUCCAAGAACAUCCGUUUGUCAAAAAGGCGAAAAUCUCCUGGCAGUUUUGUUAAAAAGUAUAAAAAAAUUCGGUCAAGAAACUUCUCUACCUCUCUAUGCUUUGUUCACUGGCUCCGAUAAUUCUGUUCAGAUCGAAAAAUCGAAGCAAAAAAAUUCUUUGUCUCCCGCUGUAAAAGUGAAAAUCCUCGAAAUCUUAAUUAAAAUCCGGCAAGGUGCUAUUAUUUGGCCUGCAUGUAUUCAGAUUGCUUUUCUGGCUUUGCAGCUCGGUACCACAGAAAACAAGGACAUGAAACUAAUGUCUUUCGGUUUCCAGUUUACGCAUUUAAUGAUCAGUGAAGUCAGAACGGAGGAGUUGGAGAAAGUUGCGAUUGUUUUGUUAAAUUCAGCAUUCCUAAAAAUACUUGAUCCAAAGAGUGAUUACUCUGAUACCUUGCGGCAACAAGCCUAUACCUCUGCUGGUCUUUUAGUAAAGAAAGUACCUUUUUUAGUCAGAGAUAAUAUCAAAAUUGUCUUUAAUUUUUUCAAUGCCCUCUCAGAAGUUGAGAAUCAUGAUACUAAAGUGGCCAUUAAAGAAGCCUUAAUAAGUAUGUCCUCUGCAUUCAGAGAUAACAAAAUAAAUGAGGCCAUGCUUGAUGAGUUGCUAACCUUUCUGGCGACGCAAUGCGAUGCAAGUGUUUUGAGUGGCUUUGCAGUGAUUCACUACCUGGUCAAUGUUUUCCCUACAUCCAACGCUUCAGCUAGAUUUAUUCUCCUCCUCAUUGCAGGCAGAAGUCAUCCCGAUCUUUCUGAAGAGGCAAAGAAGCAUUUGUACGGCUAUGAUCAUAACAUCGAGUCAGAAAUGAAACUUGAAGAUCUACCCUCAUUUUGUAAUAUGACUGAAACCGUCCUCCGAGAACUGGAAUCCAGGUCUCCCAUUGACUUCAAUAAGCCGGGCACCAGACUUCCAAUGCCCGUCUCAAAUUUGUCUCUCAUUUUCUCCGAUUUAAGUCUGUGUCUCAAGCACAGUGCAGGAAUUAAAAGUAUUUCCUGUCAUAUGCGGCACCCCUCGAAUGAAACUCCAAAAGUUGCACACUACUUAAAGCAUCUGCACACUUCACAACCCAAAAUUCUGAGCGAUUAUGUGCAGCUGCUUCAAAGAGCUUUAGAAACUGAGGUAAACUUCGCACCCCUGUUUUGCUUGGUAGAAUGUGUUGGGACCAUUCCAGAAAUUAUUGUGCCUCAACUCACCAUAAAAUUAGAUUUGCUGGAGACCCUUUUUGGACACAGCCGAGAAGAUAUUCGAGAGAAUAUUGCAUUACUGUAUGGACCGUUCACGAGUUAUUCUCUGACAGAUACAGAAUUCGAUGAUCGAAUAUUCAAAAUUUGUGAAAGUUCUCUAGAUCCAGCCAGCAAAGCAUUAGAAAUGCAACAUGGUACUAUGCUAGCUAUUGCUACAGCUAUCGAAUGGCGAAUUUUGAAGCAGGUAGGUUGCAGUCAAGACUGGGUUGUCUUGAAAAAAAUAAUUCUUACUGCUUUUCAGUUUUUAAAUCAAUCAAACCCAAUUUUACUGUCUGCUGCGUGUAACACAUUUGGGCAGUUAGGUCGAAUAACGCCACUUCCUCUUCUGGAAGGAAAAACUCGACUCUCAGAAAAUCCAGGAAAACUUGACGUUUUUGAAAAAUUGAUGGAGUUCACCAACAACGAAAAAUUAGUUUCCAAAGUUAGGUUACUAGCUUGUAAAGCAAUAGGGAUGCUAUGCAUUGGGGAUGCACAGUCUCGUGCCCAUGUGAAAUUAAUUUUUGAUACCUUCCUAUCUAAAGCAAAAGAUCAUAAAAACAUUGAUAUUCACUUGGCCGUGGGUGAAACACUUGUCUGUUGCAUCCUAGGCUCAUCUCAUAAACUAGCUCGCAAUAUGUGGGUCAUGAGUGAAUCAGAAUUUUCUCAUUCUUCAGAAGACUUUUAUCCCAUUCUAGAUGAAAUUCUCUCCAAAUUACUGGAGAGAGUCUCAUAUUUGCAUCCUAACUCUCGUCAAGCAACUUGUAUAUGGCUCUACACAAUAACAAAAGAAUGUGCUCGCGCAAAACCAGUCCUAGAACGUCUGAAAGAAAUACAGAGUUCAUUUGUAGAAUUUUUAUCGGAAAACAACGAAAUGGUACAAACACUCGGCUCCAAAGGCUUAGCAUUGGUUUAUGAUAAUGGGGAUGCUGCUGUUCGUGCUGAGUUGGUUGACCUAUUAGUGAGGCAGUUAUCUGAAGGAAAGAGAAGCGUCAUUCAAGUGACCUCUGAUACCAAGUUAUUUGAAGAUGAUGCAUUGGGUAAAGCACCUACUGGUGCUAACCUAACAACUUAUAAAGAUAUCUGCUCCUUUGCCUCGGAUAUGAACCAACCAGACCUAAUUUACACAUUCCUCAAUAUGGCAAAUCACAAUGCUUUGUGGAACUCCAAAAAAGGAGCUGCUUUUGGCUUUUCAUCUAUUGCGGAAAAUGCCCGCGAACAACUCGCCCCUCAUCUUUCAAAAAUCAUUCCUCGUUUAUAUCGAUAUCAGUUUGACCCAACUCCUCGUACGCAAGCUUCAAUGUCAGCCAUUUGGCAGUCCCUUGUUCCUGAGCCCUCAAAAACCAUUGAAUUGUAUCAUAAAGAGAUUUUUGUAGAUCUAAUAAAAAAUCUUACGUCAAAUCAUUAUCGAGUUCGGCAGUCAUGUUGCAGCGCUCUUACAGAUUUUCUGCGGGGACCAGGGAGUUCUGCCUUGGAGUCGUGCGUUGACAGUAUUCCUGAACUCUGGUCCUCCCUAUUCCGUGUAAUGGAUGAUGUACAUGAUAGUACAAGAAAGUCAGCUCAAAAAAGUGCAACUAUCAUAUCGCAAAUUUGUGUACGGCGGUGUGAUUCAAAAUAUGGUAAGUCGGGAGAAGCCAUGAUCAAAGCCCUUUUGACUCCUAUAUUGGACAAAGGUAUUAGUAACCAAGUAUCGGAGGUUAGAACAAUCAGCCUCCUUACUGUGUCCGAGCUAGUGAAAAGUUCUGGAAAUUUUCUAAGAGAACAUCUUGUAACAUUAAUUCCAGCUCUCCUUGAGGCUACGGAAGAUCUGGAACUUGCAGGUGCAUAUGCAAGCACACGCCUCAGUUCAGAUGCUUCAAGUCAAGAAAAAUUUGAUGACUUUAGAGUAUCUCUAGUCAAAUCACAUUAUACCACACAAACAGUCUCCAAAUGUGUGCAGUAUCUUACCAAUGAUGUCUUGAAGGAAUUAGCUCCCAGAAUCAUCGAACUACUCCGUGUCUCAGUUAGUUUAAGCACUAGAAUAGCCGCCUCACACUUUAUUGUUCUGGUAGUACUAGAAGCCACUACUAGCCACAUAGAUCUGCAGCCCUACAGUGGCAAAAUUCUCAGUGCUCUCUUAAAUGGUCUGACCGAUCGUAACUCUUCCAUUCGUAAUACGUACGCUGCAGCGGUAGGACAUGUCGUAAGAAUAUCUAAAGAUUCAAGUGUGGACAAAUUGAUCAAGAAACUGAACACAAUUUUCGUAGUAAAGGAAGAUGUCAAAAUUAGGAGUGCUCUCGGAUCUGCACUGGCUAUUAUGAUGAAACAUAGUCCUGACAAACUUAAAAGUCAGUCUGAUGCCCUGAUCCCGUUAACAUUCUAUGCAAUGCAAGCAGAAGAUAAAGAUUUGAAAAAGGUCUGGGAGGAUUUAUGGCAUGAUAUUGCUCCAAGUAGUGAAAGUGCUAUCUUGCGCAAUAUUGAUUCAGUUUGUAAUUUUUUGAAGACUAUGUUGGAUUCUCCGUCAUGGAACGAAAAAGCCCAGGCAGCAACUGGAAUGAAAGUCCUGGCCUCCAAACUGGGAGAACAAUUAAGCUUGGAUCAUCGAAAGCGACUUAUUGAAUAUUUACUGGAAGGAUUAGCCGGCAGAACUUGGACUGGGAAGGAAAAUUUACUUGCAGCUCUCACAGCAUUGUGUUAUUCAUACCCGAAAGUGCAUCCAGUCAAUGAUAACCUUCCCAAUCUCAUUGCUGAUUUAGUUUUGAAGGAAUGUCGAAAAGAAAACCUCAAGUAUCGAACUAAAGCAUUGUCAGCAGUAGGUGUAAUCUUACGAUCACUUGAAGUUGAUCGCUUUUCAGCUGUUUAUGACAUUGUUCAAGAAGUAAAUGCUAAGAGGGGUGAGUCGUUAGUGGAUGAAAGUGACAACCUCAAAGAAAAGACCGAGAAACAAAAUUCACUGACUGCUUUAAAAGAAGCUGCAUUUAUAACACUGGGCGAAGCUUGGCCAAAGAAUAGUGCUACUCAAACUAUUUAUGAAGAAAAAAUAAUCACUCAAUGCGUAUCGUGUUUGAAUACCAGUGAAAGGUCGGUUCAAGUUGCUGUUAUGUCAGCGCUACAUCGGUAUAUCGAUGGAUGUGCAAUCCUUGAAGACAAAGUAGAAGACCCGUCUCCAUUUAAGAAUAUGUUACCUCAAAUCCUUGAGGCCUUAAGUUGUGCCCUAGCCAUAAAAAAACACUCAAAACUUCGCAUUGAAUCUUUGACUAUUAUUCUAUUGCUUGCCAAAAAACUAAAAGACGUUGCGAGAAUGGAAGAACUGGAGGAGCUCAAACAGUUGUUUAAUUCUCACUUAGAAAGUCUUUCAACUGAUUCUAGUCCAGAAAUCAAGUGUAGGGUCGCUGACAUCAUAACUUACUUUGAAUUAAGUACCUAAGUGAAAGCUCAAUUAAAUAAUCAAGAAAAAUUAAUGGGAAAGCUAAUUUGAAGUAAUUGGCAUAGAUUUAUUAGGUAAGAAAUCAUGUACUUUUUUUGUAAAUUUUUGCUAAUAAAGUUUUGAUAUUUAUCAGUCCUGGGAUUGAAUUUCAA